AUGUUUGAGGAUGUAGAAGAGGAGGGUAUCUCUAUCAAUCCCGAAAUUCUAUUGAAAAAUAUUUUUGAUUUGAAUAAGAUUAUAGGAAAGCCAGAUAGGGAGGAUUUUGAAGAUGAGGACGAGCUACAAGCAAACUGCGACUCUGAAUGUACUGUGUUAAGGUUCCUGGUAGUUUUGGGUAUCAACUAUUACCUUGUCAACUUCAUGGUGUAUGGUAUAGUCCUUCGUCAAAUUCAUGGAAUUGCAGGGUUUAUUUUCUUAUGUCACAUUAUGGGUAUUGGAAAAAUCACUAUAGCACUCGCGAUCCACUGGAUUCAAUACAUCUUCAAUAUGAUGUGGGCUGACAUACGUGCCAAUUCGAAGGCCCAUACUGUGCAUGGAGAAUGCCCAGCCAAUAUACAGAUGUAUAAAACAUAUGGCUUCGAUUGUCCUUGCUCUGCUGAUAGUACAAAUCACUGGUUGAAAGAGAGAUUAGGUGUUACUGUUGCUUUCGUUCCCUUUGGUUUUUUGAAUAGUAUACAGAAUGCUUCAAAGGCAUUCCUGAUCAGAUUUUGGUUUAAAGCACAUGGUACUUCUAAUGCUAGUGGAGGUGAUCAAUUGAAAGAUAGUACGCAGGAUCUAUUGGAAGGUGAAGAGGUUAUUCAGGAAGAAGUCUACCAAAACGAUGAAGAUGAAUCUUUGCAGGAAUCCGAAAAGCCGAAAAAGCCAUCGAUUUAUAUACCACGCCUUCAAAAUGGGCAUGUAUUUGUUAUUACCACACCAGAUUCAUUUACCAGCCAGUUCUUAAAUAAAUUUCAGUAUACAAAGAUAUGGUAA